CUGAACUCACCACGGGCUGCACCUCGGCGCUUAUCGGUAGAAAGUGGGGUAAAUGUCGGUGUGUUUGCACCCUGCGGGAUUACACAACCGCCAACAGGCACUUUAACGACGCCCGUCGACGGUCAGCGGCCACUUCCUGUCUGAAGGUCCGACUCGCCAUUCACACAAAUGGGGGAAAAGGAGGAAAAAAGUCCCGCAGGAGUAAAAUACUUCCGGCUGUCGGAGAUCGAGCAGCAGAACACUUUCAAAUCCACUUGGAUCAUCAUCCAGCACAAAGUGUACGAUGUCACCAAGUUCCUGGAGGAGCACCCCGGAGGAGAGGAGGUGCUUAGGGAGCAGGCGGGAGGAAACGCCACCGAGAGCUUCGAGGACGUCGGUCACUCCAGCGACGCCAGGGAGAUGUCCGCCGCCAUGGUGAUCGGAGAGCUGCACCCGGAUGACCGACACAAGAUCACCACACCUGAGGAAACUCCUGUGACCACUCUGAAGGACAACGCCAGUUGGUGGACUAACUGGUUGAUCCCCGUUUUGGCGGCAGCCAUCGUCACACUGAUGUACCGCAUCUGCAUCUCUGAGUGACAUCAUCACACAUGCAGCUGUGAUGUCAUCAAGAGAAUGGCAGCGGGGAGAGACCAACCACCAAUCAGAUCAGUGGAAUAAAACCAUCUCUUCUGGUCUCUGACUCCCAGUACGAAGUUACCCAUGAUGCACUUCACUCACUGUUAAACCAACCAAUUGGCUGGUGUUAUGCUAAUGAAGUCAUUGACACUUUGAAUUACUGAUGUUUGGUGAAAUCAUGUAGAAAUGAAUGAAUGUAUAAUUUUCACUGAUUGUAAAUGAGUUCAUAAAUAUGCAAAUCAGCAGCUAACAGCAGUCAUGUGACCGUAGCGUCCAUCCCAUUACGCUAUUUCAGUAUAAAAGCACUUACUGUACUAAAUUACUGUUUUUUUAUAGUUUGUGAAAAGCUUUGAUUUAAUAAAAUUAGUCAAACUGUU